AUGAUUUCAUAUCAUCUUGUAAAUGAAUCUAUUAGGACUGAAGAUGUUAUUGUUGAUGAAACUAAUAAAAGAUAUAUCUUCAAGUAUCCAUGUACAUCAAAUAGUGAAUGUACAGAUUAUUUUGUUAGUUUACCUGCAGGUGUGUACAAAUUUGAGUUGUAUGGUGCCUCAGGAGGAGCAACUGAAGGAAAAGUUUCGACUUUCAUUGAUUCGAAUGGAAAUUGCACGAGUCAAGAGAUUGUAACUGCAUUCGGCGGAAACACAGAAUGCAAACAAGUUAACAGCCGAGGAGGUUCGGGCGGCUAUAUCUCAGGAACAAUAAUACUUUCUAAAGGAACAACCGCUUUUUUCACAAUCGGAGGUCGAGGAAUAUAUAAUUACAGCAAAAAGAUGGCUGACAACGAUGAAUGCUAUUUACCACAAAAUAUGAUCCCAGGAGGAUAUGGCGGCGGAGGAUAUGCUGCAAAUUGGUUUCUUUUCGAUAAUUAUAACGGUGCAGGGAGCGGAGGCGGCCAAACCUGUGUCAAAUUUGAUAAAAACGAUCUCUGGCAUCGUGUGAUUGUAAGCGGUGGAGGAGGGGGUUCAGACAAUAGCGCUACCGAUCGCACUGUCUUUCAAGGCCUAGAUGAUGGCUCAGGAGGUUCAGGCGGUGGAAUUACCGCACAAGGAUAUUGGGAUAAUGGUGUAUAUAAAGAUCAGAGUUUGGUAAAUUCUUCUUUCGGUUUCAGUUUUGGAUAUGGAGAAUCUCCACGAAGAGACACAUCAUUACAUGAUCAAGGUGUUAAAUCUCCUGAAGGUGCAAGCGACCGCCCUGGUGCAGGAGCAGGUUGGUUCGGAGGAUUCGCUGGUUUGUCAGGAAACGGAGGUUCAGGAGGAGGAAGUUCAUGGGCAUUGACGAGAGCCAUGGAUUUUCCAAAAGGAAACAUUAUAGCAUACAAUAGUUUCUAUGAAAAUAUUGGUAGUCAACCAUAUGGCUUCAAGUACGAAGAUGUAUAUUUCUUCAAUAAUGUUCGAAACUAUCCAGGUCUAUGGGAAGGCAAUGGACAACUAAUUUUAACUAUUCUGGGAAUAUUGAAAUGCUCAUCCAACUAUUCACCAUAUUUCUCUUCUUCAAUAUUAUUCACCUUUAUCAUUUUAGGAUUAAACUAA